AUGGGAGUUGUUGAGCACCUUCAUCUAUACGGAGCCAAGGGCAGAGCGCAAAGUCCAGUUGUGAUCAAAACAGCAUGCAAUCUCAACUCUAUGCGUUAUCAAAGGGAAGUAGAAUACGAUAAGACAAUAAGGUUAUGGGAGGUGUUGAACACUUUCAUCUAUACAGAGCCAAGGGAGCAUCUUUUUCCAUUAUAUGUAUUCUUUUAUCCACACGUGUUAUUUUUAUUUUGCUUCACCGUUUCCUUGCCCAAUCGGCUUUUGAUUUCUGUAUACACACACGGCAUUGAUUUCAUCGAGAAAGUGGUUGAUUGUCAUCGGUUAACUCCCCCGUUGAUUCUUGGUUUGAUGAAGGAACUGUGCCGGUGGUGGAGAUUCCCAACAACAAUCCGUUUAGAAAAGAGAAUAGAAGGAGAUUUAUUAUUUGAAAUCGAAGAAAAUGUCGGGUCAGAAACAAGCAGAGGCUUCGAUAAUCCCAUAUAAUUUCAACGAAAACGAAC